AUGCUCACAACUAUUAGUCCUGGAGUUGGGGCGUUACACUACUACUACGCUGCUGCUGCUGCCACUGUCGCUGUUGCCGCUGCCGUUACUACUGUUGCCGCUACUGCUGCUGCUGCCAUUGUUGCUGCUGCUGUUGCCACUGUCGCUGCUGCCCCUGUUGUUGUUGCCACUGCUGCCGCUACCGCCGCUGCUGCUACUGCCAGCGCCGCUGCUGCUACUGCUGGCGCCGCUGCCGCUACUGCUGGCGCCGCUGCUGCUGUUGCAGCUGUUGCCGAUGCUGCUGCAGCCAUUGUUGUUGCCGCUGCUGCUGCUACUGCUGCUUCAGUAAAUAGGAGUAACACUACCAUAACAGAGGGUAAAAGUAAAAGUGAAAGUGAAAGUGAAAGAGAAAGUUCAUAA